AUAUACAUCAAUUUAGGAUUAUUGUUCAUCAAUUUAUAAGCAUAGCUAGCACAAUGGGAGUCAUGGUUUUGAAUAUAUUUCUGAUUUUGUUUUCCCUUCUUCCUUACUUUGCUAUUUCUUACACAUUCAACCGUCUCAAUUUGCCAUCGGCCACAGGUCCUGAGUCUACAGCCUUUGAUGCCCUUGGUCAAGGACCCUACACUGGGCUUGCUGAUGGUAGAAUUCUCAAAUAUCAAGGUCCUAACGUGGGUUUUCAAGAUUAUGCUUUUGAUACACCUAACAGGUCGAAAGCCGUUUGCGAUGGCAAUCCAGACCCAAAUCUUGGAAAUGUGUGUGGAAGACCCCUAGGUAUACAGUUCCUGCGUUCCACAGGGCAACUCUUCAUCGCCGAUGCUUAUCUCGGACUUCUUGUCGCCGGAACUAAUGGCAGGCUUGCCACUUCAAUAGCCACUGUGGCUGAAGGACUGCCUAUACGCUUUGCUGAUGGUUUGGAUGUUGACCAAUUGUCAGCAACGGUCUUUUUCACCGAUGCUACUGCUACAUUCAAACUUAGCCAAUUAGACGAACUCUUGGCUUCGAACGAUUCAACAGGAAGGUUAAUAAAAUAUGAUCCAAAAGCAGAAAAAAUUACAGUGUUAAUGAGAAAUCUUUCAGUCUCGGGUGGUGUUGCAGUUAGUGGUGAUGGAUCCUAUCUUGUUUUCACAGAGGUUGUGCAACAAAGAGUUCAGAAAUAUUGGCUCAGAGGUCCUAAAGCCAACACAUCACAAGUUUUGUUGACACUGCCGGGGAGACCAUUCAACAUUAAGAGGACCCCCUUGGGAGAUGCUUUUUGGGUUGCAGUAAAUUCACAAAAUUCACCUAACCAAACUAAUGUUCCUACAGCAGUAAAAAUCAACGGGCUCGGUAAAAUUUUGCGAAACAUCUCUCUUAGUCGGGACUAUAAUUCUACUUUGAUAACUGAGGUUCAUGAGCAUGGCUUUGGGUCAUUGUACAUCGGCUCAUUGGCUAAUUUUGUCGGUGUGGUUAGAAAUAUUUGAGUGUUAGAAACUUCGAAAAGAAUAAGAACACGGUGUUACUGUUAUUAAUUAUAAUACUAAAUAAAGUAAUAUUUUAUGUGGAC